GAGUCAGUGGUAAACCAUCAGAGUCUCAGCAUGAAAGUCUGUCACACUUUGAUCUGCUUCUUCUUCCUCUUCUCUCUGCAGGAUGGAAACACCGGUCUCGUCAGUGCCCAACUCUCUGUCUAUUCAGGAAUUGAAGGAGAAAAUGUCACAGUUCAAUGCUCCCUUUCUUGGUAUGAAACCAGGAUGUUCUUCUGUAAGGAACCAUGUGAACAAGAAGACAUUCUCAUUGAAACAACUGAUGCCACAGCUCAGAGAGGCAGAUACAGCAUUGAUUAUAAAGAUGGAGUUUUUUUUGUGACCAUCACUCAGCUGACCAAGUCUGACUCAGGACGCUACAGGUGUGGUGCGGAUACAUCUUUGACACGGACUUCAUACAAGUAUAUUGAAAUCAUCGUCGUGGAUGCAAUGCUGGAUGGUGAUCCUUCUGCAGAAAAAACAAUCGAUGCUAGAACUGGAGGAAAUAUUGUAGUUCAAUGCAACUUUACUCAAUAUAGAUACAAGAAGUACUUCUGCAAGGAAGAAUGUGAAGGAGGAGACAAUCUUGUUGAAAUGACUAGUAAAUCAGAUCAGGAAAAUGGCAGAUACAGGAUCAGAUAUACUCAUAGAUUUUCAACAGGAUAUGUUCUGUAUGUGAGCAUCAAACAGCUGACCAAGUCUGACUCAGGAUGGUACAGGUGUGGUCUGGGCAUAACUUCCUCUAGAGAUCGAUACCAGAGGUUUAGGCUCAUCGUCACUGAUGGACUUCUUUGUGUCUGCUUGUUUUUGUUCACAGCUCUGACCACUUCUACACCUUCAUCAUCAGUCCCAUCAGCAUCCUCAACAACAACAAACCAAAGUGAAAGUUCCACAACUACACCAGCCUCCCCUAAAACCACCAAGCAUCCUGAAACAACUAAAGCUCUGACCACUUCUCCUAAAACCACCAAGCAAUCUGAAUCAACAACUGCUACAGGUGUGAUCCUGUAUGUGUUUCUGACUCUGGUCGUCCUGGUCAUCGUGUCAUCACUGUCUGUGCUGGUAUUCUGCAGGAAGAGGAUUUGUAAAGCCAAAAGUGAGGAACCAGAACCUCAUGAGGAAACACAACAUGCUUCUGCACCAGAGGCUGAAGACGACCCGAGUCAACACGCCUACUCCGAGAUCACAUUUGUCAGCGUCGGCUCGUCCCACAGCGGUUUCCACGGUGACGCUGAGUGUGUUAUCUACUCUGUUCCUCAGGUGGAAGCUAGCUCUGAUGAGCCCCCUCUGUACUCUACUGUACUCUACUGUUAACGACCCCCAAUAACUCUCACAGUCUGGCAGAAGAAGCUGGUGUGAAUCAAGCAGCCGUGAACAUAUUCUGAAACUAGAGAUGUUUGUGGGAAUAUGUAAGAUUAUUUAACCAUUUACUUAUUUCAAACCUGCUUUGAAUGACCUGCUCAUGUGAUGAUAAGUCCAGCUCUGCUCUAGUUCACAAACGUGCCGCUUCAACAGUUUGCUUCAGGUCAAAGCUGGUUGCACUUAUUGUAAGUCCCUUUGGAUUAAAGCGUCAGCUAAAUUAUAUUUAAUGUAAAAAGCUCUUUUUACAGCUUCAAUGUAUUUAUUACGUUGAUUUUAUUACAAUAUAUAUAUGGUAUUAAAGUUAUAUUUGUAAGAUAAACUGUUCUAGUAAAGUUAGCAGAUUAGCAUUAGGUAUUUUUGCUUCAAAUUACGGUUGACUAUUUUGGUUAAAAACUUGAUUUACAGAAAUGUUUAAUUAUAGCGGAAUAUAAAUAAAUUGAUAUGAAACUAUAUUACUUCAACCAGGUGAUGUGGUCAGUACGGGAUACAAGAUGCCACUCGCACAUAUGUAUAAUCCUUAUGACUUGUUUGUAUUGUUUUAUACUGUACAUGUAUUUGGAUUUGUACCAUUUUUAUGGAGUUUUAUUUUUUAUAUUGUAUUUUGUAUUCGGCCUCUUCCUGCUCUGUACUCUGGAUAAUGUUCUUGGGAUAAAAAUAAAACA